CUUUGGGUAUAGUAGAAGGUGCUCUACAGCGAAAGAAAUCCAGGCAGGCGCAGACACCUUCACGCACUGAAGCAGAGGUUUUUUGCGGCGCAGUUUGUGUGGUGGCCGGGACCCGAUCUUUUAAAACCAUGCUGGAUUGACUGCAGAGAGGCAACUACAAUCAAUGGCUUGGCUUUGAGAUCGUUCAAAAUUUAUUGGAAAGGAGUGUGAGAUAGAGCGACGGUGAGAGAGGGGGAGAAGCGAAGGGAGAGAGCGCGAGAGAGUGGCGAGAGGGGUGGAAAUAAAGAUCCUUUCAACGAUGGAGCUUACAAUGGAAAACAUUGGAAAUCUGCACGGCAUGCCUCACUCCCAUCAAACGAACGACUUAAUGAACUCCCCGCACGCGCGCCAGUCGUCGGCGUCGCAUCGGAACUUGGUGUCGCACGGACGGUCAGCCAUGGUCUCCAGCAUGGCCUCGAUACUGGAGGGAGCAGGGGACUACCGCACGGACCACGCUUUAUCUGGCCCCCUGCAUCCGGCAAUGACCAUGUCGUGCGACUCCGGGAUGAGCCUGAGCAGCACCUACACCACGCUGACGCCGCUGCAGCACCUGCCCCCCAUAUCCACCGUCUCGGAGAAAUUUCACCAUCCACACCCGCACGCUCACGCUCACGCCCACGCUCACCAUCAUCCAGCGCACCAGCGACUCGCGGCCGGGAACGUCAGCGGCAGCUUCACCCUGAUGAGGGACGACCGGAGCCUGGCCUCCAUGAGUAACCUCUACGGCCACUACCCCAAAGACAUGUCCGGCAUGGGGCAGUCUCUGUCCCCGUUGUCCAACGGUCUCGGGUCUUUGCACAGCUCCCAGCAGACUCUCAGCGCCUACGGUCCUGGAGCUCACCUCUCCAAUGACAAGAUGAUCUCCUCGGGGGGCUUCGAGUCCCACGCAGCCAUGCUGUCCCGGGGCGAGGAGCACCUGGCCCGGGGUCUCGGGGGCCACGGGGCCGGGCUCAUGACAUCCUUGAACGGCUUACACCAUCACAGCCAUCCGCACUCUCAGGCAAACGGGUCCAUGCUGUCAGAUCGGGACAGGCAGACGGUGGUGGGAGGAGGGCAGGGAGGUGGGUCAGGGCAGGUGGAGGAGAUAAACACCAAGGAGGUGGCACAGCGAAUAACGGCAGAGCUCAAGCGCUACAGCAUCCCCCAGGCCAUCUUUGCUCAGAGGAUCUUGUGCCGGUCCCAGGGAACUCUGUCUGACCUGCUGCGGAACCCUAAACCGUGGAGUAAACUCAAGUCUGGCCGGGAGACGUUCAGGAGGAUGUGGAAGUGGCUCCAGGAGCCCGAGUUCCAGCGGAUGUCGGCGCUCAGGCUUGCAGCCUCCCACUCUCAUCCCCAUCCCUCCCACCGCUGCCAUCCACACCAAGCCUGCAAGCGCAAAGAACAGGAGCAACACAAGGACCGCAACACGGCGCCAAAGAAACAGCGUCUGGUCUUCACCGACCUGCAGCGCCGCACUCUCAUCGCCAUCUUCAAGGAGAACAAGCGUCCAUCCAAGGAAAUGCAGAUCACCAUCUCCCAGCAGCUCGGCCUGGAGCUCAGCACCGUCAGCAACUUCUUUAUGAACGCGCGGCGCCGCUGCGUGGACCGCUGGCACGACGACCACGGCGCCAGCCCCGGCCAGCCGGGCACAUCCGCCACCACCUUCUCCAAGGCCUGAGAGGAGGAGAGGACCUUCGGGGGGUCAGGGAACCAGGUUGGAAGAACGGGCAACAUGGAAAAUUGGCUGUGAAACCUGUCUAUAACAACCCCACCUGGCCUGGACCAUCUGACUGCGUCCUCUGCCCAAAAAAAUCCUUUGUGCCAUGCAAUCAUCUCUUUUGUCAGUCAGAAUUUCAAGCUCUCACCUGAAACGAGCAUAAUCUAAAAGGUGAAUCAUGAAGUCAGGUCCACUCUGCAUUACUCACAUAAGGACAAUCAUUGAUUCUGUCUUUUUUGAAAGAAAAUCAUUUUUAUGGCAUCUGACAAAAGUAAAGAGACACCAAAGAUUUUGAUGUUUUUGUUGGACGGGCAUCGAGACACAUUUGCCGGCCUCCUUCACCAACCCAAGUAGCCACAGACUCUGCUUUUUCUUCCAACUCACCUCCUUUAUGUCUGCCUCUUUAGUCCCUCUCUCAUCCCCUCCAUGCCGGCACACGGAAGCAACAAGGGCGAAAGAACGGCAAUAAAUCUGACAACAGAACAGCACAUAGCCUUAUUAUCCAAGCCCCAUCCUGCACACACAAGGCCGUCAUAAAGAAAACAACGCAGCCUAUGAAAAAAACCAACACGGCUUUCUAAUUCACCGCCUCUACACCCCCCCCCUUCCUCCCGUAGUCUCCUUCAUUCCUCGGCCAAAGGUAUUCCCUGAUGGCCAGCCAUUUCAGAGAGCAGCUCAGCCCGAUCAUACGGCAAACUAAUGAAUUGAAAAAUGAAUCGAUGCCGACAGAGAGAGCGGGGCCUUGACCCCUCCUGAAGGUGAAACUCAAGACGCUCGGCAGGAGAUACUCAGGUCUUCCAGGCCCAGGUCUAUAUAUUUUUGCACAGAUGUUGGAGGCCUGUAGGGAGACAUGUCAUUGUUACUCUCUGCCUGAGCCUAGAGUCUGUGUUUCUCUGACCAACAGGAGAGGCGGGCGAGAUGUCUGGGCAUGCUCUUUGUUCUGCUGGGAGCUUUUCCUCUGAUCAAUAACCGAGAACCAAGCGACAACAACACGUUCGGGCAUCCAGCCAACUACAUUACAGCUGCAUAUGAAAAGCAGAAUGUAAGAGGAGCACACAGAACCCACUGGAGAUGGGGACACAAAGGCCUCAUAACAGCAGCAGCAGCAGCAGCACAGCUCCCCCUCCAAAGUCCUGGCAGAGCAACAGUGCCCCCUGCUGUCGAUAGCAGAGACCUGUAUCCAGCGGAGCAAUGGGGGCUCAGAGCAGAGGAGAAGGAGGGAAGGAGCCACUAGAUGCUGAGAAGUCAAGGCACAACACAUUCAGGCCCUCGCAGCUCUUUGAAGGCAGAUCAAUAGCUAACCAUUAUCCUAUUGUUGUUCCUCAUCCAACCAGCACUGGUGAAGCCGGAGGAGGGGGGAUGGUUAAACUGAAUGCUGAAAACGCAAGGAUUUAGCAAAGGCAGGGAUUUGUUUAGCCGAUCCAAAUCUUCAAGAAUCCACAAAAUAGAGUGCAGAAAUCACACAAAGACGGGAUAGAGAAGUACCACAGAGUAAAAAAGUAACAGACAGGCUUAGUGAGACAGACACAUUUGAGGUGUACUGGAGGUUUCAUUUAUAUUAUUUUAGGAGGCUUCAUAUUUUGUCAAAUCAUUCUUCCAUCCCAUCUGUUUGCAAAAAAAGAAAAAAGAAGCUUUUAACAGAUGUAAUUCAAACCAAAUCUCCUGGUUAUUCCCACACAAGGGUUAUGAGUAGCUAACCCAAAGCUAACCACCACACUCAGCUGUCAAAAUGCUACAAUAAUUAGUGCCAAUGCUUACUGCCUUAAUGCGAAUCAGAGAAUAUGGUACUAGGGUUCACACACAGCUACAGUGCGCCCCACUGAUGACGGGCGGUGUGUGCCAUAGCAACCAACAAUCAGCUUUUAUCUGAAUUAAAAUAUACUUUUUUAGUAAAAAAAUGAAAAAAAAAGAAUCAGAUUUUAAGGCAUACAAUAACCAAACCUCAAAUGACAAAGAUACCACUCACUCACACACUCACUCACACACACACACACACACACACACACACACACACACACACACACACACACACACACAGACAGAGUAUGUGUUACAAAUGAAAAUGUCUCCAACACAUAACUGGACACAUUUUGAAGCAGAAGAAAGAUCUCUCAUUCUAUCUUUGGUUCUCUACCUCCUCUGUCCCUCUAACCCCAUUGCCCCCCCCCCCCUCUCUUUCUCUCUUCCUCUCUAUAUUGAUGCGGGUAUUUAAUUAGUACCAUAGACACAAAGUUUCUAUUUCUGGUUACUAUUGUGCUCUGUUGUGCAUAAGUAAGGCACCUUGUUGAUAAAUCAAAAACAAAAAAAGGAAGGACUUUUUAAAAGGAAAAAAAAAAAGAGGGAUGCAAGGACCGAGGCCAACGAAGGAUUUCUUGUUUCGUUUUUUGCAUUCUAUGUGAAUAAAGACUCGGAGGAGACAUUUACCGGGAGCAAGAAAAACAGGGAGCUGCUGAAGAGACAAAUAAACGACGGACGCUCUCUCUCUUUUGGCAUUUCAUGUCAGAACUGUGGUACCCUCAGCCCCCCUUUAAGCUGAGCCCCCAGAACCCGGGUAAAACGGAGGGGGACAAAACAUGACCUCCAAAUGUCCUGGCUGAUUCGGUGCGUUUUUAUCGUAGGGCGGGUGGGGGUAACGCUCGGGACUCAAUUGUUAUCUGUAUGGUCUUAAGAUGCAACUGUAGCAUUUCCAACAAUGUAGUCAGAUUAGCGGUGCAGAUUAGAUAAGAGAUGGUCAUUGUGGAUGAGUUGAUUGAGAGGUACUGACUAACUUCACGUUGCUGUAAGCAGUGAGUUAACGUCGCCAAAGGAUGAUGAGCGAAAAUCGAUUUGUGGUAUACAGUUCAGUGAGCAUAGGUAAAUAGCUAGAUUCAGCUCUAGGUAUUAGGCUGACAAAAUGACAUUUGUUUGUAGUGAGAACCAAUGUGGCUACCUCACUAGGCUGAGUGGUUUGUGAAACCGCCACUGAUACCAAAGAUACUGCAGCCUACCGGUCCCAAACUGCCUAGGGGGACACAAACCCCA